AAAUUUGUUCCACCAGACGAAACACCCGAACGCCGCAAUGCGAGGACAGUAUUUGUGGGAAAUGUUCCUGUUGAGGUUGCCAAAUCUCGGCCUCUGCAAAAGCAGUUAAAACGCCAUUUUACAACACUUGUCCCUACCGCGAAGAUUGAGUCAGUGCGCUUCCGCUCCGUCGCAUUCGCUGCCCCCACCUCGAAAUUACCCACCAUGGACGAUGAUGCGGGUAAGGCGAAGGCGAAAGGGAAGUUGCCUGCAAAGGACGAGAAGGACGGGCGACAACACGACCGCGAUCGUGCCGCGUCCUGGCGCGCAAAGAACGACGAGGAAGAUGACCCCGAGAAGAAGUUCCUCAUGCCCAAUGAGAAGAAGCGCAUAGCGUUCAUCAAACACGAGCUACACAGCGGGGUCGAUGCUGUGAAUGCGUACGUCGUCUUCGCACACCCUGUACCCGAGACUGGGACGCGACCGAAGAACGUGCCCCCGCCUGCACCCACCAUGGAUCCAUACGAGGCUGCGCGGCUUGCAGCGGAGCGAUGCGACGGAACAGUGUUCAUGGAGCGGACGAUUAGGGUGGAUAGAGUAGGCAAGGACACCGAUGCCUCCAGUGCUGCCCCGCUUGGCGACCCCAAGACGACGAUCUUCGUCGGCAACCUCGACUUUGCAAGCAAAGAGGAGGAUUUGCGAGUGUUCUUCGAAGUACUUGUCACUGCUGAACGGGGUGCGCCUGAAGAGCAGGAAGGCGAGAGCAGUGAGGAAGACGAGGAGGGCGACGAAGAGGACGAGACACUCAAGAGCAAGGUCCCCGUGAAGAAACCACGGACGUGGGUGAAGCGGGUACGGAUUGUGCGGGACAAAGACACACAGCUUGGCAAGGGCUUUGCAUAUGUGCAGUUUGUGGACCGGGAAUGCGUUGACGAGAUCUUCGCGCUCGAGGAAAGCCAACUCAAAUUCGCCAAGCGCAAGCUUCGUGUCCAACGCUGCAAGACUUUGCCCGGCGGUGCCAAAGUACUCCCCAAGUUCGCCAAACCCCCUCCUGCCGCGAAGACGCCUGCUGUCAGGCGACCCUCGACCUCCUCCCACCGCGAGACCCCGAAGGGCAACCCCGCCCUGGGCGAGAAGAUCUCGCACUUGCCGAAGGACGAGCGCAAGAAAGUGAAGGCGUCGGACCCGGACCGCGUCGCGCGCAGGGCGGCCAAGAAAAAAGCGAAAAUCCUCGCGGAGCAUGGCGUGAAGUCGAAGCCGCGGGUGGAGCGGGAGCGGGUACGGAAGCGGCCUGGGGAGAAGAAGGCGGUGGGCAAGCAGGCGGAGAAGAAGAAAGGGAGGGUCAGGAGCGGCAAUGCGUUGGCGAAGAUGAAUACGAAGAAAUAG